GGUAUUUUUCUGAGGAUUAUUCAUUUUAUGCAUCAUUGCGUCCUGAAACCUUUCAAGAUCAAGAAUUUAGAAUGACAAGUGAUAUAUCUAAUAAUAACUUCGAUGAAGUUACUGAACAGAG